GGCAAAAUACAAAAGGCCAGAGCCUGCCUAAAACUCAUGUAGAGAGCCUUCUUGACUCUCUUUGAGCUUAUACAAUAAACUGGAUCCAACCCCUUUCAGUAAAGUAUCAAUAGGGCAGAGCACCAUCACCAGAUUAUAAUGUCUUCAACAAUGGGUGCAGAGGAGGACGAUUUCUUGUGGGAUUCGGAUUCAGAGCCACAAUUCUUCGACAAGGAUAGGCACUUGCGAUUCCUGGAGAUGAUGUAUGAUCUCCUGCCGUCGGAUUACCAGACUCAGGAAAUCAACCGCCUUACUCUUGCCUACUUCACCAUCAUAGGCUUCGACAUUCUUGGCUCCCUCGAUCGAAUUGACAAAGACGCUGUAAUAAAAUGGGUUUUGUCUUUGCAAGCUCAUCCAAAGAACAAGGAUGAUUUGAACAACGGACAAUUUUAUGGAUUCCACGGCUCAAGAAGUUCUCAGUUUCAAUCAAAUGUUGAAGGGGCAUUAGUCCCCAAUGGUAGUCAUUUGGCAUGCACGUACUGCGCUCUGGCCAUAUUAAAGACUGUUGGCUAUGACUUGUCACUUAUUGAUUUUACGUCAAUUUUAAAAUCAAUGAAAAACCUUCAGCAGUUAGAUGGGAGUUUUAUGCCCAUUCAUUAUGGUGCAGAGACAGAUCUCCGUUUUGUAUUUUGUGCAGUGGCCAUCUGCUUUUUGUUGGGCAAUUGGAGUGGUCUGGACAGGGAGAAAGCAAAGGAUUACAUAAUAAAGUGUCAGUCAUAUGAUGGUGGUUUUGGGUUGAUUCCUGGUUCGGAAUCACAUGGGGGUGCCACCUACUGUGCUGUUGCAUCUCUCCGCUUGAUGGGCUACAUAGCAGAUGAUCCAUUGUCUAAAGUUAUGUCCCCUUGCAUUAUAGAUGUGCCAAUGCUGGUUGACUGGUGCUUGCAGAGGCAGGCAGAAGACGGUGGAUUUCAAGGCAGACCAAACAAGCUUACUGAUACAUGUUAUGCAUUUUGGGUAGGAGGAGUUCUCAAAAUCUUAGGAGCUGAGAAGUUUAUUGAUGAAGGGGGUUUACGAGGAUUUUUACUGACUUGUCAGUCCCAGUAUGGUGGUUUUAGUAAAUCCUCCGGACAGUUGCCAGAUCUUUACCACUCUUUCUACGGAUUUUGUGCAUUUAGUCUAUUAGAUGAACCUGGCCUAAACCCUGUCUCCGUUGAGGUAGGAGUAACAGAGAUUGCUGCUGUCGGACUCUAUCUCCAACUGUAAUAUUUAAGCUUGUGCUAUUGGAACUUGGAAGUGCCAUUGGGUUCUGGCUUAGUAUCCCAAUAAUUGAGGAAGGAUUUGGCCGGAGUGAUUGUUAAGGUUUCAGCGGAUGGUAUCUGUCAUGACAGCGCUGCCACCUUACUCUUAAUUUUUUUUUUCAUUAGUAUUGAUGGGAUAGUAUUGAUGUACAAUUUACUUUCUUGAUCGUGAUGUAAAACGAGAUGGCAAUCAGUUGCUGCACCAAUUAUUGGGUACAUUUGCGCCGCAUUUGUGGUUUUUCCCAAAUAUUAUUUUUGCUUGCUUGAGCUAAAUAUUCAAGAAGGUUUUAAGGUUA